UUAAGAAAUCUGCUUGAAAUGUAUUUAUCAAAUACAAUGAAAUUUAUUCAUGUCUUCAAUUUGAUUUUGUUGGUUACAUCGGAAAUCCAAACGGAUAAUGAAAUGGAAAUGACUGCAGUACAAAAAGAUCAAAUAUGUGAAUUGCUAAAGAAUAAUAAUGGCACACAGCCUAACUUGUUAGCAAUUGGAAAAAAAUCCAAACGAAUAUUAUUGAUAACAAACGAUUUAUUUGUGUAUGAUGUUCCGAUUGAUUCUAUGGAUCUAAUUGAUGAUAAAUUAUACCUACCAACAAAGCCAACACCAGUCCAGAAUAAAUAUCCAAUUCUUUUCAAAAAUCAAGUGUUUCUUCGAAUUCUAACAUCCAGUUCAAAUCCUAAUGCAUUGAUAAUAAACGAUGGAAAAAAUGAUUGGAUUUUUUUUAACAAACCGCAAGCAGAAACAAUGUUGAAAGUGCAUUAUAACAUCGACACUUCGGAAGUGUUUUUUGGAUCGGACCACUAUAUUGAAGAAAACAAAGUGAUUGUAUCAAGCAACAAACCACGUCAUUAUUAUUCAUUAAUUCGUGAGAAUAAUAAUUUGUACAUGAAUAUUGAUCGAUAUGAUGAAGAUGGAGAUUUCAAGAACAUGUCAAUCAUACCCUCCGAAGGAGAUAAGUAUUUGAUAUGUUUACGAACAAACACGACAAUUAGAAUGGAAAAGGAAGUUAAAUGUCGUUCGGGCAUUCCUGUUCAAUGGCCAAUAUUGAAAGGAUUUGUUACUAAUAACAAAUUCUAUUUAUUCGGUCAUUCAUGCAUCUACAUUUUCGAUGAAGAUGCUUACAAUAAUCAAGGAAAAGAAUAUCCAUUGCAAAAAAUAAGUUAUGAUUCUUAUUUUAUAUGCAAAGAUGAUAAAAUUCCAACAGAAAUAAAUCGACAGCAAAGAAAACAAAUGGACAUUAUUCAAUAUGUAUACCUUGUAAUAAUGAUCGUGCUCUUUAUCUUAUCACUAAGUACAACAUACGUAAUAUUGAACAAAUGGAUUCAAGACGAUAGAGAGGCGAAAAGGCUAAUAAUAAAAAAAUCAAACAAACAAACUGGCUCAAAACGUAUCAUAAGCAAGCAAUCAUAUAUCGAUCCAUCCGUUUUAAAGCAAGCUAGUAUCUUUCCAUCGACUAUGAAGCACGCUAGUAGUAGCAUUCCAUCGGCUAAAAGUAGUAUCAUUGAACCGGUUAAAAAGCAAGUUAGUAUUAGUAUGAGUUCAGCAGUUAUGAAAAAAACAUUGAAAAAAUCGGAAUUGUCGAAAAAUUGGACAAAGAAAAUGAAAAUGUCGAAAAUGAAAAUGGUAUAAAUUGUU